AUGUCACUAUCAUCCAAGAUAAGACCUACUCCUCGCAAAACUUCACGUAUGGCCACCGAUCAUUCUUUUAAAGUGAAGAACUUUUAUGCUGAUCCUUUCGCUAUAUCAUCAAUUUCACUGGCAAUCGUAUCGUGGGUCAUCGCCAUCGGAGGCUCCAUCUCAUCUGCAUCCACAAACGAAUCCUUCCCACGUUUUACUUGGUGGGGCAUAGUGUACCAAUUUCUAAUUAUUUGUUCCUUAAUGCUAUUCUAUUGUUUUGAUUUAGUCGAUCAUUACAGAAUCUUCAUUACCACAUCUAUUGCAGUGGCAUUUGUGUAUAAUACAAAUAGUGCAACAAAUUUAGUUUAUGCGGAUGGUCCCAAGAAGGCUGCUGCUUCAGCCGGUGUCAUCUUACUUUCAAUCAUAAAUCUGAUCUGGAUUCUGUACUAUGGCGGCGAUAAUGCUUCACCAACCAAUAGAUGGAUUGAUUCGUUUUCUAUCAAAGGUAUCAGGCCUUCGCCAUUAGAGAAUUCUCUUCAUAGAGCUCGUCGCAGAGGGAAUAGGAACACAACACCUUACCAAAAUAAUUUCUAUAAUGAUGCUAUGCGAGAUUCAGUUUACGCGACGCAAUUUGACGGAUAUCCACAGCAGCAACCUUCACACUCAAAUUACGUAUCUUCCACAGCACUGGCUGGUUUUGAGAAUACCCAGCCAAAUACAUCAGAUGCCGUGAAUCUUCAUUUAAACACUUUACAACAACGUAUAAAUAGUGCAAGCAACGCUAAGGACACCAUUAACAAUAACAAUAAUCAAACCAACACUAAUAUGGGUAACACAUUUGAUACAGAUUUUUCAAAUGGGAAUACGGAAACUACUAUGGGAGACACUUUGGGUCUGUAUAGCGAUAUUGGUGAUGACAAUUUCGUUUAUAAGGCAAAGGCGUUAUACCCAUACGACGCAGAUGACGAUGAUGCUUACGAAAUCUCAUUUGAACAAAACGAAAUUCUACAGGUCUCUGACAUUGAAGGCAGAUGGUGGAAGGCAAGAAGGGCGAAUGGUGAAACAGGUAUUAUUCCGAGUAACUAUGUUCAACUAAUCGACGGUCCAGAAGAAAUACAUCGUUGA